AGUGGAGGUGUCGGUUGGGUGUCUCGGUGUUGCCUGUGGUGUUCGCGAGCCUUCCCCCCCUCCCUCCUCCCUCCUCCCUACUCUCGGUAGUUCGUGAUUUCGUGCGGCGGACCUGUUGCUCCUUGUGUACCUCCUGCAGGAGCUGGAGGAGCCCGCGAGAGUUCGAAAAGUCUCCCUCCCUCCCUCCGCACAACACCUUCUAACGUCGAGGCUCCGGACAUUCGAAAAGUAAGGAGUUCAGCUUCGCUUGUGUGGAUAAGGAAGUUCGUUGUGCGUUUAAGGAAUAUAGUAGUGGACUUCGGUGUUGAUAUCUGUAUACGUGUGGUCGGACUCGGUGAAGCAAGGUUCCGAAUCUUUUGAAGCCUUCGUCCGUGGUGGGAGUUGACCGAAUGGACUAAGAAAAAACAGACUAAGAAAACACAAAAGGAAAAAGAAAAAGGGAAGAGAGAAAAUGUAGAAAAACAUUUGUUUUAUUUCUUGUGAAUGCUCUGUAAAUUCGUGUUAUUAUUUGGCUAAGAGUUCAUUUCAGACGACCAAGAGGAAGAUAAUGAGAUUGUGACAAAUAAACACUGCUUCGUUUCAUGAACGUUUCAUCUUCAGUAAGUGAUCUAAAUCUUUGUUGAAACAGUGUGUACCUAGACAAAAAAAAAAAAAAUAAAAAAAAAUAAAAUAAAAUCUAAUGGUACUGACUAGAAAAAAAAAUCAAUAUGUUUUGUAGACAAACGAAAGUGUGAAUCUAUUUAUCAAGACGAAGCGAAGACGGAAAAUGUAUUAAUCUUAAUCGUGUGUGAAAUGUGGAAUCCAAUUCUUUAUUGGAUACAUUCUUAGCAAACCGUCCACGCUGCUUAUCAGGAUGACGACGCCCCCGACGCGGCAGCCGAAGGAGGGAAAUCCGACGUUGGGAAGCCUCUUGGAGACGACCCUCGAGCUCCUCAACACGACCUUCAGCUUCGACGGAAACGACUUCGAGAACGCCUCCCAAGGACCGGACUGGCCAGGUCACAACGAGACGGAGGAUGCAACAAGAGAGAGCGCGGUCGUGCGACACCUGUUCCCCGUCUAUCAGGUCCUCAUCACCAUCUUAUACGUCUUCGGCAUCGCGGGGAACAUCUCCGCGCUCUAUUUCAUCAAGAAGAGUGAGACGCAGAGGAACAGGAAGCAGACGCUGAUGCUCCGGUGCCUGGCCCUGAACGACCUGGUGGCACUCCUAGGCUCCUUCGUCCUCAUGAACAUGCACCUGUACCUCCCAGUGUCCAACAGCCGGUGGUUCUGCGUGCUGCGGGUCAUAUGGAGAGCGUUCGGACUCGGGUCGGGUUGCGUGGCCUUAGUUAUGGCAGUCGAGCGCUGGCUUUCACUCACACACCCUUUUACGUAUCAGAGGCACGUCACCCACACCGUCAUCCGGAGAUCCAUCGUGGGCUUGUGGGCUUUCAACCUCCUGCUGGUGUUCGCUCCCUUCUUCGGCUUCGGGCUUUGGUACGAUGAGAACGCCGAGGGCUUCACCCCCUGCGUCCGGUACCGCUUCGGCACCUCCGUCGUCGACCGCUCCUACGCCUACCUCGUCUUCGCCUUCGGCAUGAUCAUGUGUUGCGUCAUAGUCUGUUGCAACAUGGCCGUCAUCCGGGUCUUGUGCAUGAUGCGUGAGCGCCUGAUGCCCCGCCGCCACUCCAGGACGUCAUGCCGAAGCACCUCCUCCACCUCGGACUCGAAAAUGAACCAUGCGACUAUUGAGGAACUGUCCUUUGCUCGUCUCAUGGCUGUGCUCUCCAUCCUCUUCGUGAUCUGCUGGGUCCCGCAGCUGCUGACGAUCGUGGUGGCGCAACUUCACGGUUCAGAUCCCAAGUUCAACAGAAUGUAUCGUAUUGCUGACGUAUUUAUUGCUCUCAACUUCACACUUGAUCCGUUCAUGUACGUGCUCUUCCGCCGCCACCAGCGCUGUGGGAGUCGCCACCUGAGGAAGCUGAAGGCGUACCUGUGUCCCCAGCGCCGCCACGAGUCCCCAACGCGUGCCCUGAUCAACGGCUCCGUCAGGUCCUCUUCGCACAACUCCAAUAAUAGCACUGGAAAGGAGGGAAAUAAUUCUUGUGGAGAGGCCACGGCGUCUUCCAACGUACCGAGUACUGAGAAAGAGUACGUCCCCCUCCAGCUCCUUCUGUCCCCCUCGGCCCCCAGCGACGUAUUCAGCGUCCUCAAGUCCUCUCCUUCAUUCAAGAACUUCGGAAGGAGCGAUGCCGUCCCCGUCGACGGAGAGAGAGUCUCCGCCGCGAUCUAUCCGUGAGAAAGCACAGUUCAGCCUCAGCGAAGAAGGCGAUGUAGGGGAGACUCGUAUAAACCCCCUGGAAGCCUUCAGGGCAGAAAAUGGUUACCCGAAUGAGUAUCGCCAAGUCGGUUUACAAACGACGAAAUCUUGGGUCGCCUUGUCGGAGAACGACCCUUAUUAUGCUAGCGAUACCGAGUCAGAUUCAGAAGAAAAUAAAGUUUCCGCUAAACGUAGCAAACGUUGGUCAUUCUGUUACGGACAAGAAAAUGCGACUGUUUUGUUUCAGAAAGAGCACAAAGGGGAAGACUUUAGAAGAAAAUUUUGGUUGCUAGAGUCGUGGUACCAUCUAGUACCGCGAAUGAAAAGUCACGAGAAUUUGUGGUUGAAAAGAGUCAAGUUUAGUAAAUAAUAUACGUUUUUUUUAAGGCGUUUAUGUCUCCAUGGAAAAGAAUGUGUUCUUAGAGUAUAAGUUAAGAAUCUAGAUAUUAAUCAGAAGUGUAAUAUUCUAUGUGUUUAUUUUGGUUAGCGGAAUACCAGUGAUGUACAUACAAAUACGCAUUUCACAUAUCUCCCCCCCUCUCUCUCUCUCUCUCUCUCUCUCUCUCUCUCUCUCUCUCUCUCUCUCUCUCUCUCUCUCUCUCUCUCUCUCUCUCUCUCUCUCUCUCUCUCUGUCUACAUGUAUUUUUAUUUUCUUUUUCUUCUUCCUCUUCUUUCCUAAAUUGGUGAAUCUUAAAAAUUGUUCAGUACAAACUUCCCAUGGCUUAAACCAAAACAACCAAUGAUUACAACAUCACAAAGCUUGAAAUAACAGAGGCACAUAAAACCAUGAAGUUUCCAGCUCAAAAUUUUCAUUACAAUUACUGCGCAUCAGUUUGUAUUGUCUUCUUUUCUUUCUCUUAUUCUUUAUAUUCUUUGUUAUUAUUCUUCUCUUUCUCCUCCUUUUUCUUCUCCUCUCUACCUGCAAUGAUGCAUGUCCAAAAUGUGAAAACGUAUUACAAAUUUGUAUAGUGAUUAUAUAGAUUAGGGAUAUGCUAUGGAUGUUACAUUAUAUAGUUUUACAUGUGUAGUUUAUAGAUAAAAUUGCAUGUAUAUAUUUGUGAAUACGAAAUAACUUUAAUCAUCUAAAUAUAUUUUUAAAGAAAAAAUAUCUAUAUUAUGAGAACUGUACGAAUAAGUGAGUCUGAGCUCAAAUGCAGCUUGGAUGAAGGGACUAAAAUAGGGAAUAGUUUAGAAAACGGGAUACUAAGAUAUUCUUUAAAAUGUUCAGGUUAUUCCAUAACGGCAUUUAUAGAGAAGAGUUGACCUUCGUCUAUGUCUUAAGUAUGGAUAAAUAGAUACGUAUAUCUACCAAAUUCCCCAGGCUAAUCUAGAAACGUGUGUAGACUUCUCAUUUUUUUUCUUUAAUUCGACGGUGAUGCAGGACUGAUGACGAGAAAAAGGUCAGUCCAAAAUUUACAAGAAUGAACGAAGAUAAACUACCUCGAAAUGUUUGGUGCUGAUUUCUCUCCCUUGUGAAUUAUUGGAAUUUUAAAUAGUGAUUAUGAAGUCACGUACCAAAUAUUUGAGAUGUACGGAAUGUAUCGUGGAUAGCAUAGGAAAUGUGCGUAUUGGGACUGGCUGUAGAAUAGCAUUAAGGAUAAGGUGCUAAGGCCAAUCACUUUAACACUCCACUACUUAGAAGCUCUGUGGCAGGUGGUGAAAAAAAACAUAUACCAAGCCAAAUGAAAAUUGGCUGAACUUUUAUUAAGUAUUAGAUAUUAUACGUACUGUACUUAGUCAUGAUGUGCUUUUCCGCUUCAUUUUGGGUCUGAGGGCAUGUUUGUGCAUCGCAGCACAAACAGCAGAACUUUUUUUUGGAGGAUUAUCUUUAAGCCUUUUACAAUAACCGUACAAAGUAUAAAGAAAAUUACCAAAGCGAAUUUCUUUUUGUAAACAAUCAAGUGGAUUAUUUAUUCCCUCUGCUUAUUAAAACAAAAGUCAUUUGCAUUAUGGAUGAUGCUAUUGUUAGACGAAAAUAUUGCAAUGUAUUAGGUAUUGUAGCUAGCGUUAUAUAUGUUUGACAUUUAAUUUAACUGGUUAAUGCUGUGCCAUAACGUCCAUUUGUUAUCAAUGUAAAUUAGUGAUACUUCCUCGCUCCUUUCUCUGCGUUGAUCUGUCACUCACGACGGAUGUAGGUGUGAGACAGAGAAAAGGGAGGAGCGAGGUAGGAAAAGAAGAGAUAAAUAAGGAGAGAGAGUUUAAUAUUAAUGUCAUAAUUUAGUCAUAUGACGGGAGAUGACUCACGCAGCAUCCCAGUGCUCUCAAGCCUUGUAUGUUUUCAAAGAAUUGCUCAUGUUGUCACUAUUUUCAUUAUUUUUCCUUGUUCUUUUCCCUUAUAUCAAUCACUGUCUUACGAAUUUCAAGAAAUAACCGAUUUUUAAAAGGGUCAGUGUUAAAUGUAACUAAAAUGUGGAUAUAAAUGUCACGAACGUUCUAUCUGCAUCUCUCUCUCUCUCUCUCUCUCUCUCUCUCUCUCUCUCUCUCUCUCUCUCUCUCUCUUUCUCUCUUUCUCUCUCUUUAUCUCUUUCUCUCUUUCUCGCUUUCUCUCUUUCUCUCUCGCAUUUAAACCACACCUGCAAUAGCUGUCUACUGGGCAUUUAAGUUCUUUUUCUUGUUCACUCGAGUUCAUGUCCAUUGCAAGAUGAACAAAGAACAGCCCGAGGAGCGCACUCGUGCCGUUCCUCCCCGCACCGUCUGUCUUCCAUUGUGACUCGCUAAUGAACUCCAGAUGAUCAUAUUUCUCUCUUUUUCACUCAUGUUCAGUGAUCAUAUAUGUAUAUAUAGUGUUGUGUGUACACACAUACACACACAUACACACGUAUAUAUAUAUAUGUGUGUGUGUGUGUUUUUGUG